AUGGCCCUGGUAUUUUUCACCCCGAGCAUCCUCCAAGUGACUUGCAUGGUGCUGUUCCUUUUCCAUUUCAAGUCAGCAGCAGUGCAGUAUGUUCUGCAAAUCAACAACAAUGGUCCCAUCACAACGGGAGCUCAAGCUACAAUUCAUGCCAGCUUGAGUAUGAAGAAUGAUGAUGUUGCAUUCAUUAGUGACCUAAAGUCCUAUCAUUUUAACUGGAUUUUCUCCCCUCUGACUUUGAUUGAGAAAUCAGAGCAGCAAUUUAACUCUAUGAUUACCGUGACUGGUGAAUUUGCUGGAGACUUUCCCAUUUCUGUCUGGGCAACUGAGACACACUGUUGGUUAUGUCAGCCCAUCGCCAAAAGCUUCACAAUGCUUCAUGUUACAGAGUUUAUAGUAGGGAAUCUUACCAUUGCACAAAUAGAAGACAACAGAACAUUUGUCGAACAAGGUUCUAGUUCUGCCACAGACACUCUGACCCUGAUUUCUUUCUUUCGUCAUGAUCCGAGUAAUUAUUUCAAGUCGGCAUCAUUCAUCUACAACUGGGAUUUUGGAGAUGGAACUCAGCUGGUAACUGAAGAACCCUUUGUCUACUAUAAUUAUUCUACGGUGGGGAAUUGCAAGGUACAUCUCAAAGUUGUAGCUGAAUGGGAGCAAAUUGAGAGUGCCACACAUGAAAGAAAGAUUGUGCAGAAAAUGGGAGAUUUCACUACCGAAUUGGAGUUGCUGGAUGCUGUUAAAAGUAUAAAUGUCAUAGGCUCCAGAGAGACUCGUGUAAUGGAAAACUUAAGUUUAUCUCUACAUAUCAAUGGCAGCCCUCCACUCACCUUAUGCUGGCUCAUAAAGGCUGAAUGUAUUCCACUGGAAGGGGGAAAGUGCCAUCUAGUGGUGGUUAAUGGCUCCUCCUACAAUUUGAGCCAUACCUUUCGUAAUGCAGGACAAUACUGUCUCAGCGUGAGAGUGGAGAAUGGUGUGAACAUGUUGCAGACGUACCAUGAAAUUAAAGUGUGGCCAACAGGUAUUCACCCGGCUUUCUUUGCCCUGCCAUGUAUUGCUCUGAUUUCAGUGAUGCUGGGAUUUGUUAUAUACACGACCUUCCGAAGCAGCUCACAGCAGAAGGAUCUUGUGGAGGUAGCUGACUUUGAUUUUUCUCCUCUAUCUGACAAAAAUCCCUCUCCUUCCGAUUCCGAGUCAAGCUGUGGUCGAAUAUGCUGCAGGUCCUGUUUCCUUCAGCCACCUCAAGAAUAUUGGGAGACCGUCAGGGAGAGCCACGGACUCCUCCAUCCUUUGUACAAGCCAGUCAAAACUUACACAGUGUGAAGAACACAGCUUCAUUUGGUUACGUUAACUGCUGACCUUAACUUUUCUCUUAUGAUGAGUUAAAAGCCAACUGCUGCAUGGAUGGUUUAUUUUUGCUGGUACAUUGAGAGAUUAACUACUUAUUAGGCCCAAUACUAAAGAGUACUUCA